AUGACGAAGAUGCAACUAGUCUGUGUGUUAAUGCUGUCCAUGGCACUGUCAUGUCAACGAAGCUUUGCUGUAUCAAAUAUUAGAGAAAUAAGAGCAAAUAAGAUUCCGAUCGAACAAGGUCCCUUUUACGGCGAUUUUGCGACCUACCUUGUCGUGAAUAGGAAAAAAUCCUGGGGAGACGCCAAAACGUAUUGCGAGUUGUCCGGUGGUAAGUUGGCACAGCCUGAUAGCCGAGCGGCGAAUGUACGCUUGGCGGAUAUACUGAUUAACAAUGGAAUUUCUAGCACUGUUUGGAUUGGUCUAAGUGAUAAAGACGUGGAAGGAGUGAUGACUUGGUCUGAUGGCAGUGAGACCAGUGAUCUGAAUUUGCCCAACCCCUACGGCAAUAGUGACUCUAAAGACUGUGGUUUUAUCAAAUCAGGUUCCCGGGUGACGCUGGACAGCGGAUUCCCUUGGUACUUUGAGAAGUGUAGCAGAAAAUUCAGAUUUGUCUGCCAAUUUUCGACAGGUUGCCCGGAUGAAAGCGCUCCAGUCGACUGCAAUGUAGACCCGUGCGACGAAGAAUCGUGUGAGGCAGACUCCGAGGCCGUAUGUCGACCAAACUAUUGUGGUGGUUGUCAUGCUGAGUUUUAUAACCCCAAAGGCGCCUUGAUAGAUUGUGAGCCGCAAACGACAGGCGGAAAAUCUGGUAUCUGUCCUAUACCACCCACGUCUGGAUUAGGCACAUGCUGGGAACAAUGUCAAGAUGACUAUGGCUGUAAGGGCAACCAGAAAUGUUGCUUCAAUGGUUGCAGUUAUGAAUGCGCCACUCCUGUAUAAAUAUAAACGUUGUUGCCAUGUGAGAAGAUAUCCAGGUCCAUUGGUACAUAUAUUCGUCAUGCAUUACAAUGUGUGUAGGUGUUGGUCUGAAAUACAUUCCUAGUUGAUUUAAAAAAUAAUAAAGUAUACCAGUGAAAUCUCC